ACCAAUUCAUUCAGCUAUUUUCUUCUCUCCCGCCUACUCUCUGUAAUCAUCUUCUCUUCCGCAUUCUCUCUGAAGUUUUCCAAUUCGAUUACUCAUUCAUCAGAUUCUUGUAUUCAAUUGUUAACAAAUGCGCACCUCCAACUUGAGAUGAAUCAAUGCAGGAAUCGACGACUUGGCGAGCAAAUGGGAUUCUCUUGUUAUUGUGGUUGUAGAUGAGAUAAAGAUCCAGCUUGAAGGCGGUCGCAGACCACAUGAGAUCUGGCGGCGACGUAUCUGGAAGAAGCUUUGGCGUGGCACGGGGAUGGUCAUCUUCGACGCAGUGUAGAGUAGGGAACCGACCAGCUUUUUUUUCGGCUGGGCGCAAAGGCUACACAUGGGCAGCCUGCUCCAGCCGGAAAUUUUAACCUUAUGCAUUGUUCUUCCAGUAGCAGUAAGGCUUUUCCUAUCAAAAUUGAAAGCAAAACCCUUCAACUUGCUUUAGAAUCUUCAAGUAUGCGUUUAAGCCAAAUGAAUAAUGGAGAUUCUCAGAGUAUUGUUUUAAAAACAGAGACUUUAAAUUAGUUUUACAACUCUUUUAUUCAAAUUCAUUCGGGGGCAUCUUGGACUUACACAAGAUAUGAACAAUCUAAAAAGCUUCUCCUAUCUUUGAAUGAAAACGGGUUUGGAAAAUUUAUUCGUUUAGUAGAAAUGGACAUUCAGGGCAGAACUAUAUCGAUAAUUCCCGAAGGUCAGCGAGGAGAUGGAUUUAGACGUUUUGGAUCGGCCUUACAUAACCAGAAGGAGCUGCUGGAUAACCUUUUGAAUGAACAUAUUGAAACAGAGAUACAUGGAGGUGCUCAGGGAUCUGAUUGCUUGUUCUUCUGAACCCAUACCGUCCCAGGUUAUAGGCUUUUGUUCUACUCCUACGAAAACUGACAUGGAUUGCCUGGAAUCUGUCUCCUCCAUGCUCUUUCGUGAAGACUUGCAUUCCUUAGGCUACUAUUCAAGAGAAGAGAAUCUUAAGAGAAUUUUGUUGGAGAGUGAGGACUGAGGAGUUUCAUGCGAGUAUGGUUAGAGCUACAAAAGAGCAUGCAAAAGGGAGGUUAGUUUCACGAACACAAUUGAACAAUAGAGGCACCGGUACCUCACCAGCCAUAUCAUACCAGGCAAAUAAUAAAAGACAAUUUAAAAAUAUGAGUGGACUCCUAAAGUGGCUUCCUGGUAUAGUGUGAUUGGGCAUGAAUUGGUACCUCCUUUAUUUUGCAAUGUACCAUAGAAGGACCCUUGAACAAUUCAGGAUUAUAAAACAACCGGGGAUAAUAAUAUUGUUUUUCUUGAGGAUAAAUCAAUUGGGGGCAAUACUAUUGUUUGUCAAGUCGGAGCCAUAGCAAUCAAAGAGGGGAAAGAUUACAUUUUAGAGAAAUACAAUGAAGAUUAUAGGGAAUAGUACGGAAAAAGUACUUGUGGUUGAGCGCGUUUUCAGAUAGGGUCAUGUGUUUCAUUAUUUAUCAAAGUGGUUCAUGUGUUUGAAUUUCGUUAUCACAAGAGGGUCACGCCGUUAAAAACGCCUGAAAAAGUAACUCUGAUUUUUAAAAGUGCCGGAAAAAUUAAAAGAAAAAUACCGGAAGGUGCGCCUCAAUAGGACGACCGCUAGGCCAUCUUUCUUUUUGGUUUUCAGCCACCCUUGUCACCGGAAAGUCCAUCGUAAAAGUGAUAUUAGCGAAAUCAUUUUUAAAAAAUAAUUCAAACAGAUCUGAAAAAUCCAAAGGCAAAGGUGGUUUGGAGGUCAUCUUGACGAGGCGCACCUUUCGGUAUUUUUCUUUUAAUUUUUCGGGCACUUUUGAAAAUCGGAGUUACUUUUAACGGUCUUUUUCAGACACAUGAACCUCUUUGAUAAAGAAUGAAACACAUCACUCUAUCUGAAAAUGGGCUCAAUCACAAGUACCUUUUUUGUACUUUUCCCAAGAUUAUAUUAUUGGGCCUGUCAAUGUGGAAACUCCUCUCCAGUGUCUUUCUUCCCUUAUCAAGAUAAUGUUAUAGUUGAGGAUGAGUCUCAUUUUGAAUGUGGUGAUGCUUCAGAUUCUUCGGGCGAUGAUUCAGAUAGAGAACUUCUCAAUCGCCUUGGUGAUUGUAAGUGGAAGACAAUAUCUCAUAUUACAAGAAGUGCUCGUAUUCAAGAGAAAAUGAAGAGUUUUCUAGACGAGGCUUUAUGGUUAUCGGGCUUAAUCGGGCAACCAAAUAUUCCAAAAGAUUUGUAAUUUGUGUGAGGUUAUUGGGAAUUGAAGAAGAAAGGUUUGAGUGUAUUUGAUGAGUUGCUAUAUACAUUUGGGGUUUGUUUGAGAGGUUUGUUGAAGACAAUUUCUCCUUCGGACAUUCGUUGUGAAUUGUUACUCUUAUUAGAUUUUGCUUUCAUUAGCUUUGUUCUCCUUCAAUUUUCUUUUUCUUUAGGAUUCCUUCCUUAAUUAGCGAUUGUAACUUUUCAUUGAGAAUUUUAAUAAAAGUCUUUUUUUCGCGAAA